AUGCAGAGGGCGGUGGUGCUCGACUGUGGGUCGGGGUGGACCAAGGCGGGCUUUGCAGGCGACGAUGCCCCACAGGCGAUCUUUCCCACCCUCGUUGCCCACGGAGGGGGCGAUGGUGCAGACGUUCUGGUGGGCAGGGCUGCCCUCAAUGUGGACGCGACCUCGCCUCAAUAUCCCGUGGAGCAUGGCGUCGUGGUCAACUGGGCGGCUCUGGAGCAGGUGUGGCAGCACGUCUUCACCACCGAGCUCCAGCUGGAGACGCCCCACGACCACCCCGUCAUGCUUGCCGAGUACCCGUUGCGCACAUCGAAUACGCGCGAGCAGGCCGCCCAGCUCAUGUUCGAGACCUUUGGCGUGCCGGCCUUCACCGUGGCCGCCCAGGCCGCCCUCUCGCUCUACGCAGCGGGCCGACUGACGGGCGUCGCGUUGAGCUCAGGCGACGGGGUGACCUACGCCGAGCCCGUCUACGAGGGCCUCGCCAUGCCCGGCUCCACCUCGACGCUCUACCUCGCCGGCCGGGAUCUCACCGACCACCUCGCGGGCAUGCUGGACGCUUCGCCCACGACCGCCCAAGGAGGUGGCGAGCCUCACCACCCAGCCUUCUUUUCUGACGACAGGUUUUUCGGCUUCUCGCUCGCCGAACGGUGCCGCAGGCGAGAGGUGGCGAGGGACAUCAAGGAGAAGCUGUGCUACGUACCGCAAGACUACGACCACGAUCGUAAUCAGCAGGCGGUGGCCGGUGGUGGCUCAUGGGCGCCGCUAUCCGAGUACGUGUUGCCGGAUGGACGGACGAUCGGCGUGACCAGCAAACAGCUAUUCGAGUGCCUGGAGGCCCUCUUCAAUCCCGCGCUGGCGGGUUGCGAGCAAGAUGGCAUUCACGUCACCCUCUACGAUGCGGUCAUGAAGAGUCCGAUGGAGAUCCGGAACGACCUCUACGCCAACAUUGUCCUCGCUGGCGGCACCACGCUGGCGGCCGGCUUUGUGCAGCGGCUGCGGAGGGAGGUCCACGGUCUGAUGCCCAGCGGUCUCCGGCUGGGUGUUGUGGCGGACCCCGGAAGGCGGUUUCUGGAGUGGCGCGGGGGCGCUGCACUGGCAUCGCUCUCCACGAUCGAAGAGCGGUGGAUAUCGAGGCAGGACUACGACGAGCACGGCUGCCGCGUCGUCCACAAUAAAUGUCCGUAA